AUGAGAAUCUGUGUAUUCCAGUCCUGCUUUGAGGAGCUCCAAGCCUCUGUUGGCGAGGCCCAAGAAUUAUGCAUGAAUCCAGGCGUGUUUACGUCACAGCAUACCGUGGUGCACAAGACAAUUCACAAGUCGACGGCCACAGAGCAGAUAGAUGAAGCCGUGCGAGAAGGUUACGAUUUUUACUUGAAUUUUAUGUGGGGGACAUAUGAUGACUCCUUGGCUGGAGUAGAUGCAAUUCAAUAUUUCGAGUCUCUUCACCUGCCAUCUGCGGGCGUUCAAAGUUCGGAACGAAAACAAUCAAAAUGGGACUUUUUCGCUGAAGCAAAGCGAGCAGGAAGUCCCCUUGUUCCUGGGACUGAUAAAUUCCCAUUAUUUGUUAAGCCUGCUUCAAGUUAUGGGAGUAUGUUUAUUGAUGAGCAUUCCUUGUGUCGAGAUGAGGCGGAGCUGGAAAGUUGCAUUCUAAGACUCAACAAGUUGAUGCGCCCGGUACGGAUUCAGCGAGCUCAGGCACUGGGUCAUCAAGACCCUGGAAUUUACGCCGAUGCCCGAGAAAGCGAAGGGCGAGAGAGUACAGAUAUUGUUGUUCAGGAGUUUAUUGCUGGGGAGGAGUAUUCUGUCGUGGUUAUUGCAAUGGGAGAAAGCCCGGUUCCACUUAUACCUCAGCGCGCCAAGUAUAAGCAAGUGGGAGACGCGGCGCGAAUCUUGACAUUGGAGCUGAAGUUUGAUGCCGAGUCUGGCUAUGAGCUUAUGAAAGAAGGGGAGAAUCCGGCUCUUUGGAAGCAUCUGCAAGAGACGGCAGUUGAAGCGUUUCACUCCAAGAAGAUGUAUACCAACUUCAUGGGAUGCGAUGUCGAUAUGAGAAUUGGACACGAUGGGAGAGCCUAUGUGAUUGAGGUUGAUCCCCUGCCUGUGUUCUUCUAUCCUACAGGGUCCCAGCUUGAGGAUACAGACGUCAAGCACGGAUUCCCUGGUGGAUACAGGGCUGUUGUCAACACUUAUAUCACAAACUACUUUCUCAAACACCCCGGUGACCGAGAGCCACGCUUCAUUGAUUUGGCUUCCAUAUUUGAUCAAUUAUCGACUCUUCCGGACUCAACAAAUGAGGUUCCAGAGAUUGGCGUCCUGGGGCCGUGGAAUGGCACAGUCCUAGAUCUCGGUUGCGGAACGGGAAGUGUCGGGCGAGCUCUCCACGCCGACCCACGUAAUCGAAUCACGCAUCUCACUGGAGUUGAUAUUUCGAAACCGUCACUGGAUAUCCAAGAAACCAAUACGUACAGUGUGUUGAUUCACGACAGGAUGGAGCGCUUCCUUGCCAAGCAAGCAUCAAUGUUCGACCACAUAUUCUGUAUAUCAGCCUUGCAAUUCCUGCCCAUGGAAGAGCUGGAUUUUGUUCUCGCAAGAUGCUUUCAGCUGGCCAGGUGCUCCAUAACAAUUGUCAUCGAUGAUCUUCAAAUGAGCAGGAAGUAUAAUCCUGAGACCUUGGCACAUCUGAAAGCCUUCUCUAUGGAUCACUCUGAAAACAUCAAGACAUUUCAGAUUCAACAUGGCUGGCGGUUACAGCCCUCAAAUACAUCUCAUUGUUAUGAGGGUCAUCGCUUGCAAUUCCAUUUUCACCGAGACGGCAGGAUGGAAUAG